AAAACAGUCUCUUGGUACUUCACAUGUUACUCAACUCCAAGAAAUAUCCAUUACUCUCCGUCUGACAGGCCCAUCAUGUGGAGCUCUGUUCGUCGUUGGCUCUGUUCCACAGUCCAUUAGCCAAAACCGUUCCUGCACAGCCUCUCCAGCCACAGGCACAAUGCCGCCUAGAGCCGCUGGGUGUGUGAGAGGUAUUGUAAGUGUCAUCUGGGAUGUUUUGGCUCUGAGAUGACCUUUACUCUAAUUAGAGGCAGUGAAUAGCGUCUGGGUUGGGUUCCAACAGAGAGAUUUCCUUCAUUCUUGUCUUUACCAAGCUUUUGGACUGUGAAGCAAGCGUGAAGUGGAAGAUGUCCAGAGAGUUCUUAGAAAAUCUUGAACUGUGUGUUGUGGAGGAGAUGCCAUAUACACUUCCCAACAUGUUUGGUGAUCUCCGCUCUACUUUCAUCGCACUCAUGAUUGGCUCGUACGCCUCAUCCGCUGUCACCUUCCCAGGAAUAAAGGUGAUCUACGACCUCGGUAUUGCCUUAAUCACCAUUCUUCUGGUGUGGGCUGGCUGUGCCGGCCUGGUCUUCAUCAACUGCUUCUUCAACUGGCCACUCGAGCCCUUCCCAGGACCUGAGGACAUGGAUUUCACUGUGAAGAUCAAGUUCAGCUGGCUGGGCUUUGACCAUAAGAUCACAGGGAAACAGUUCUACAGGCAGGUGACCACCGUUGGUCGGAGGUUGAGUGUUGGCAACUCAAUGAAGAACAAUCCACAACAGCUGGCCGCUCAAGAUGGCAAUAAACUCUGCCUAUCAACCCUCGAUCUGGAGGUCCAGUGCAAGUCUGAGGAGGAAUGUGAUUGCACUCUCUUCUGUCAUGCUGCUUGGUGUGUUUUUUCAGUGGAGAGGAUGGAAAUGGUGAGCACGUACACGUCUAUCUUCGGGGUGCUACAGUUGCUGUGUCUCAUGACGGCCCCUGUGAUUGGUUACGUCAUGGACUGGAGGCUCAAAGAGUGCGAGGACGAAAAUGAGAAACAAGUCGCAAAUGAUCCUACUCAGCCAAAGAAACGUGACAGACAGAUCCAGAAGAUCAGCAAUGCCACCCGCGCAUUCAUCUUCACUAAUUUGCUGCUGGUUGGCUUUGGCGUGACCUGCCUGGUGCCCAAUCUUCAUCUACAGAUUUUGUCCUUUGUGUUGCACACCAUUGUGAGAGGCUUCAUCCACUCUGCCGUUGGGGGUUUGUAUGCAGCUGUGUACCCGUCUUCUCAGUUUGGAAGUCUGACGGGAAUGCAGUCCCUCAUUAGCGCACUUUUUGCAUUGUUGCAACAGCCUCUCUUCAUGGCCAUGAUGGGUCCACUGGAUGGAGAUCCACUCUGGGUUAACGUGGGGUUACUGGUCCUGAGCAUGCUGGGAUUCUGCCUGCCCAGUUAUCUUCUGUGCUACGGCAGACGGCUGCACCGAGAGAAGCAGGAGCGCGAGGAAGACCCCAAGAUCUACGUCCAGAUCAACAACGGCACAACCCCCGAGGCCUUUAUCUAACUGCAAUGCACAAAUGACAGCAGCUAGCAUAAAGAGCAGGAAGAAGGAGGGUGGGAAAUAAAAGAAGAGAACUGAAAGUCACAAGAAGAGUGAUAAACACCUCCCUGAUCCCUCCUUCUGUCUGUCACACACAUUCAUGUAUUCCCAACAGGCACAUAACACUCAAACAGGCACAAAAUACAGCCAAAGCAACCGAGUCUCACAACAUGCCACGCAAACACACGUUUACACACAAAGGACUGAAUGGACACUGUGAAAGGCAGGCCUAGAAAAAAUAUUAUGCCCUUGUCCUUGAAACAGACAAGGACUUCUAGACUUUAUAUCCUGCCUGACAAGAAAGAAGAGAAAGGCCCUCUUUUCUCACGAUUUUACCUUUUGAAUUUCAGACCACGACGAUACAAAAGACGAAGCAGAUUCAGUGAAAUUCUCUCAGGUUUGAGGAAGCCUGAUGACAAGAGUAUUACUACGUCACUAGUGUUCAGCUUUGUUGCCAAACUUGUUUCAAACAUUUUCUGCAACUAAAAACCCAUUUGUGAACUGAUUUGAAAUCACUAUGAACACUUUACAUUGCUCUCAGCUCAUAAAGCUGCUGAAAAGCGAGACGAGGACCCUCCAUUGCGGUUUGAAUAUGACAAACUGACUAACUACCUUAAAGCAGAACGACUCUGCUUGUUAUCUGUCCCAUAUGGGUUUUCAAUGGAAGUGGGCAGAUUUUAGAUUUUAAUCUCAUACAGUAUAUACAGUACCAGCAUGCUUUGGACAGCACGAGCAUGAAACUACAGCUUUGUCUGAACUGGGCUGAUUUUAAAGGACUUUUGGACCAUGGCACCUGAGACUAAUGUAACCUAAACACAAUUUUAGUAUGAGACUUGUACUAUUAUUUGCUUUGGCAUGCAGAUUCAGUACAUCUACGUGCAAGAUAAUGCAUUUUGUACAUAUCAGUCCAUUCAGAAGGUUGUAGAAGCCAUGUGGGUCUAAAAGGUUUGGAUUAAGGCGGUAUUUUGGGGAUUAGCCUCACAUUUCGAUCAAGACUGACGAUCUUCACCAGCAAUACUCGUACCGUUCCCUAUACCACUUCCCCAUGCAGUACUACUGGUUGAGCUUCACUUGUUAGUGUUUAUUUCCUUGUAUUGACUCAAUUAUUCAGGGUGUUUGACUUUUAGAGUAAUAAUUCAUAUCAGAUGUAUUCACCUGCAAUAUGAUCCCUUCAAGCUUUGCUUUGCCACUUGUGCGUUGAGGGGUAUAAAAUGAGACAAAGUGUACUCUCGGUAAAGAGAUUAGAUGCCAUUAUCAUAUAUAUACAUAUAUAUCUUGCACUACAGGGUUUAUAAUUACAGCGGUGCUUACAUUAGCCAUUACGGAGUAUAUGCGUUCUGUUCCAACCUCAUACAUACAUGGAAACCACGUUAGCCAUACACGUUACAAGAUUUUUGUGCGUUCUCUUGAUUUCUGGGUUGGCUACCAUUUAACUACGGUGCUUACUA